CGCCACAUCUCGAGCAGAACGGAGCUCCACCGAGAACCCGAGUAUAUAUAGAGCUGUACAGCUGUAUCUGCAUCUUGAGUAGUGAAAUCGAAAACCCCCACCCCCCGAAAACGUAUUCUAUAUCCACCGGAAACUGCAAGGAAAGUUCUAGAACUCUAGUGAAAAGUGCCAAACGAAGCUUUGAAGUGAAAGUCAUCUAAGUCAUCUGAAAAUAUGCAGAAAAUGAAUUUACAUGUGUGCGCCUUAGCGCUGCUGCUGUUCGGCAGUAUCGCCACUGUCCGCGGAAGAGCCGUGGAAAUGGUAGACGACAGCAACGAUGUGGACAACUCCAUCGAGGCGGAGGAGGAGAAGCCCCGCAACCGAGCCUUCGACGCCGACUGGCUCAAGUUCACCAAGACGCCGCCGACGAAGCUGCAGCAGGCUGAUGGGGCCACCAUCGAGAUCGUUUGCGAGAUGAUGGGCUCCCAGGUGCCCAAGAUCCAGUGGGUGGUGGGCCACCUGCCGCGCUCGGAGCUCGACGAUCUGGACUCCAACCAGGUGGCCGAGGAGGCACCCAGUGCCAUUGUCCGCGUCCGUUCCUCGCACAUCAUCGAUCAUGUGCUCAGCGAGGCGCGCACCUACACUUGCGUGGGACGCAGUGGCUCCAAGACGAUCUUCGCGAGCACUGUGGUCCAUCCACCGCGAUCAUCGCGCCUGACGCCCGAGAAGACCUAUCCGGGUGCCCAGAAGCCGCGCAUCAUCUACACCGAGAAGACGCAUUUGGACCUCAUGGGCUCCAGCAUUCAGCUGCCCUGCAGGGUGCACGCUCGUCCGCGGGCCGAGAUCACCUGGAUGAACAACGAGAACGAGAAGAUCGUCCAGGGCGAGCGCCACCGGCUCCUGCCCAACGGGGAUCUCCUGAUCUCCGCGAUCAAGUGGGAGGACAUGGGCAACUACAAGUGCAUAGCCCGGAAUGCAGUCGGCAAAGACACCGCCGACACCUUCGUGUAUCCCGUACUUAAGGAUGAAGACUAAAGAGAUCCCACCACCACCAAACCAAAAAAGAAACAAAAAGGCUAUUGGAUUGACGACGGGAAUUCAUCUAGUUAGUUAGAUAGAUCAAAUGCCUUCGAAGAUGCGUGAAAAGAAAAAAGGAAAAAUAUGCUUAGAAAAGAAAGAAAAAAUACAAAAAAAAUUUAUAAAUGGAAUGGAGCAAAAGGUCAUACGAUUUACAGUUAUGUACAAUUUAGGUUAAGCACAAUCUCUAGCUCGUAAUCCAGGUAAUUAACCGUAUCUAAUGCCGGCUUAGACACUAAUUUUCUAACUUACUAUGAUUACCACUCGAAUAGCAGUCACACGUAUCGCAUUCGAAUUAUAUUAGUACCUACUGUAUGGUUUUCUUCAAUUCUAGUUUUAGUUUUUGCAUUCGUUUCGUUUUAUAUAAGUAGCAAUGAUUGUUCCUAGCGAUUCAGGCAGCUCUAGUUAACGUAUUUAAACUAAUUGGCCGUUUACUUAAGGGUGCCGCAACCCAAGCACUUGUAAUUUGUAACACACAAACCACAAUCAAUCAGUCAGUCAAUCACCCAAUUCGUAUUUAUGUGCACCCAUCAUUUCUACAACUAAUUUAUUGAUCGACCAAAUUCAUCCAGCAUCGCCUCCCAUACACCGAAUCACGGAAUAGUAUUCACGGAAUUAAUCAGUUUCAUAAGCUACCCGACUAUGUUUUAGUUUUUUAAGCGCCUAGAACUGAAAUAUGGUUUUCUAAUUCUUUAGUUUUUAAUUUUAAUCAACCUUCAAGCGAUUGUUUUUGAAUAAAUACAAAAGAAAAUUGAA